AUGGCACAAUCCCGUCAGCGCUAUCGGCUCCUGCAGACCCAGUUCCGCCAAACCGCCGAAGAAAAUCUUGCGAGGAUUGAGAAAGGCACACUCGACUUGUACCUGGACUUUCUUCCAGCGGAAUUCGAGGAAGUCAAAACAUCUAUUGAUCGCAUGAGAAGCCAUAUCGACAAGGAAUAUUUGCUCCCGAAGGAAAGUGCAAUCCGUAAUAUCGAUGGCCCUCUUUCGUUCUCGGAAAAUAUGAACGAAGAGUAUCUGAGCUUGCAGACUGAAAGUCGCAACGUGCUGGAAGGAAUCAGGCAAUUGAAAUCCUUGUGUAGCUCUUUACAACAGUGGGACUUUUUAAGGGGAUCUCGCUUUGCUGAACACAGCCGACGCCUCGCCCAUCAUCGAGCCCAAUUCGCUAUCGCAGCUCAUAUGUGGCGUAGCACUUGGAUGAACAGCCAACUGGCUUUGAAUCCUCUGCAGCGGGGGCAGAUGUGGUCUAUCACAGAAUUCGUCCAAUUUGAAACGAGUAAUACUUCCCCGCUGACACUAAUAGAGUCAACCAUCCUUGGAGACGCCAGUGAUGAACAUCUGAAAACCAUAACCAAGAGUCGCAACAUGAUUGCUACGACUCUUCAGCAGAACUACACAAAAAGAUGGGAUGGACCAAAACCUCUAGGAAGCCCUGAAAUGGACAAAGCUUGGCGUCAACUCGAUGUCAUCGCGCCUUUGGAGAUGGUCAUCACGCUUACUUGGUGGCUACAAACUGAAGUUUCAUAUUUGAUUGAGUGUAUACAAGGAUCAUUUGGUCCCAUGUUUGAUCAUAUCAGCGCCGAUAUGCCCACCAAAAGCGGCUUAAGUGGGUUAUAUAAAAGAAUCAUCGACCAUCGAAAAGCCCUUCUGAAAGAUGCGCUAGAAUACAAGUACAUCAACUGGAUGAGACUUCAGACUGAAGAAAAGCUACACGAGCUUGGAAUGCCGAAUGAGUUUCAAGCACACGGGUUCCUGAUUCCGCCAAAGCCGCUGAGUCAAGACAUGACUCGCUUUCUCAAUUGGACUUACCAAUACGCUGACAUCGCCAACCUGACAUGGAUCCGGUCUAAAGCACUCGAACUCAUCAUCCGUCCCGAGUCCGAGGUUUUCCCCUUCAUGGCGCGAAUGACUCGGCUGCACAAGAGCAUAUACGAUGAGCGAGUCUUCCACGUUCCAGAACUUGGCUCAAGGAGAGGCAGGAUGAAGCAAGCAUGGAAAGCGAAAAUCGCGAGGCUCCAACAAGAACCAACACCCCAGUCGAACCCAGAACGGCUCAGCGGAUGGUCCUCUGAUGCUUUGUACAUGCCAUUUCCCGAGACGACCCUUGCGGACAGUUCGUCAACCGGAACAAUUGACCAACCCGAAAAGAAAGAACCGCAAGUAGAUUCUCGCGGCGGGCAAGAUGCCCUUUCCUGGAUGACUGAUAUACUUGAUCAGCGGAGUGUUCAUCAAAACAGAACUACCGGUGGUCACAAGAAAAGUAAAAUCUUACAAAGAAAGAGGGUCGAUACUCGUAUCAAGGGCCACGGGCCACCUCAGACUCAUCUUUCGCUAUCAGAUCGGAUUUUUGGCAAAGAAGUUACGCCUCGCCGUUCACGACGCAAGACCGUAUCCAAACAGAACACUGCGCCAUCGCAGCCCGAGUCGGCUCCCACCAAACCAGCAGACCAUCUGUCGAUCAAAUCUAAAGGGGAGACGAAAGUACCAGUCGCACUCUCCAGGCCAACGGGGGGACUUGAGGAAAGCUGGGAUUGUUCCCGCGAGUUGCCAGAGUCAGGCGACAUAUCUGAUGAAGCGGGAAUCACCAACAAGUCAGACCCAACAUCAGCGCCCCGGGAAGUAGCCAGUCCUGAAUCGAAAGCCGUGGACCCCGCAUCUAAACCGCUAUUCUGGAGUCACAGUUCCCAAACACGUCCUGAUGGUGGAAAACUGAUUGUUCACUAUUGCCGGAAUCUCGAAAGCACUGAGGAAGUGGCGAAACUUUUUCACAACAGCCCUGUCAUUGGAUUCGAUAUGGAGUGGAAAUCAAAUGCAUCUGCAAAUCACAGUGUCCAGAGUAAUCUAUCCUUGAUUCAAAUUGCAAAUGAGGAGCGCAUCGCGCUCUUCCAAAUCGCCCUUUUCAAGCCGGCUAAAGGGCUUUCAGAUCUUGUUGCGCCUUCGCUCAAAUUGAUCCUCGAAUCGCCUGAAAUCACCAAGGUGGGCGUCUCGAUCAAGGCAGAUACCACUCGUCUCCGCAAGUAUCUUGGUAUCAACGCCGUUUCUAUUUUUGAGCUCAGCCACUUGUUCAAACUGGUGAAGUUUGGUCAAAGCAAUCCGAAGCUUGUGAACAAAAGAAACAUCAAUCUGAGUGAUCAAGUGGAAGAACACCUUGGGCUGCCACUCAACAAGAGCGAGGACGUUAGAUGUUCGGAUUGGGCUCGACCUCUAAACUACAACCAAGUCCAAUAUGCUGCCACCGACCCCUACGCCUCCCUUUGUCUGUACAAUGUGCUAGAACAGAAAAGACUGGCCAUGGACCCAGUUCCCCCUCGACCUGCCUACGCCGAGCUCAACCUCCCAAUUACACUUCCCCAUGGACAGGCUGUGAAUGCCGAAGAAAAAGAGGUCCCUAUGAAGUCCGAAGAUGAGAACAUCAACAAUCCUUAG